UUCUCGUUUGCUGCCACCUCUGGUCGCCCCCUCGUAUUGCCACCCUCUCCCACACGUCAGCCGGCACACUGAAGAGCCAAUCGCACCCUCACACAGUCCGUCGACGUUGCUCUUCGUGUGAACAUCACGCGAAAUUCGCACUUUGCGAUUUAUCAUUCAAAAUAAAAAUAACAUUUAAAAGAAAAAACAUCUUUCUAAAUUUUUCAAGUGUCUAAAAGUACAUUUUAUUCCCUCUUUUUUGAGAGAAAAAAAAAAUUUUUUUUUUUUUGAAAUAAAAGAGUGAGAAGAAAAGAAUUAAAAAAAAACAAAUUUUUUGUUUUUGUUUCGAGAAUAGAGAAUAGUUUUUGUGAUUAUCACACACACACAUAUAUAUAUAUAUUCUAUGGUGCGUCAAUUCGUAACAGUGUGUGAAUCACGCGAGUAACAAGUUGUUAGAACACGUGUUGACUGGACUUGGAUAUCGUGUGUUUUGAAGGACAUCAUAUAUACAUACAAUCUGACGACUUGGAUUUUACGUGUGUGUCACGUGUGUUUUGUUAGAAACGUUCUUCCCGCGUUCCCACGGUGAAUAGUGCGAGUGCGACACUGACAAGUGGUCGAGAGCGAUUCAAACCAUGUGGCGGCGCUCACUACAACUUGAUGGAGAGGGGUUGAAACUUUUGUAAAACUUUCUUUUAACCACGAGAAUAUAUAUUUUCCCAAUUUCUUUUCCCCAAAAAAAAAAAGAAAGAUUUAUUGUAACAUUUUUCUAAACGUGACAUUGUUACAAAAAAAAAAAUACUAUUCGUCAACAAAAACUAACUAACUUUUUGGUGAAAAUAUUGUGAAUUUGUGAAUUAUAAAAGAAGAAGACAAUAUUUGAAGACAGUAAAUAUUGAGGUGAAUUUAAGUGAUUUGGAGAAGAGUUGGAAAGUGAGAUUGAAAAAAAUUUUAAGGGCGCAUUUACGCAAUGAUAAGUGUCUCAGUAUUGCAAAUUCGACGGGUGAAGAGAACAACAUUAAAAAGGGCCGAGAGGUCCUGCUAAAAUGACUGCGCGUCUCCACUCGCUGAGGCAUCAGGAGAAGAAAUCUGCUAGCAACAGUAACCAAAGACAGCAUCUUCAACAACAACAACAACAGCAUCAAGAGAUUGCGAUACCGGGACCCAGUCCAACGCCAAGUCCAAGCCCGAGUCCUAAACAUUCUGACGGAAGAAGAGCAAAUAAACCACUAAUGGAAAAGCGACGACGAGCGAGAAUCAACCAGUCUUUGGCGGCGCUGAAGGCCCUUAUUCUUGACAGCGCUCGCUUAGAAAACACAAAACACAGUAAACUUGAAAAAGCUGAUAUUCUCGAAUUAACAGUUCGACAUCUACAGAGACAACGAUCUCUAGCCCAACCUGGACUCUCUAGGUAUAAGGCUGGAUAUCAGGAUUGUUCACGUGAGGUGAGUCGUUAUUUGGAAGCGCCUGAUAUAAUAACAGGAAACACAACUCCAAUGGACCCAGCCGUGAAACAAAGGCUACAACGUCAUUUGGAUAGUUGUGUUUCUGAAUUGGAUUUGGAUUUAGGCUCAAGGCCCGACAGCGGUCUUGGUAGUAGUCCAGGUAGUGUGACUGAUCGAACAACAGGUGUAACGAGUCCUGGACCAUUGGAUCAUCAUACACCACAUUGUAGUACGGCGCUAAAGCCAACAAUGAUGAAAACGGAAAUAGCAGAAAUUGAGGCUGAUAGGCCCGACAGUAGUACAACGGCAGGCGAUGAAAAUAAUAAUAGCAGUAGGCCAACAUCAGCAUUUAGUCAAGUGAAUCCAACGAGUCUUGAUUCACAUCAACCAACUGAGAUAAACGCCGAUCAAGCGUCAACGUCACAAGAUAAUGCAAAUAUGCUAUCUGUUGUUCAAGUGAUACCAUCAAGAUUACCCGAUGGUCAAGUUGUAUUUUUACUACCUAGUCAUUAUGUUCAAUUGGCAGCGGCAGCUGCUGCCAAUGGCAUAAGCAUUGGACCAAAUCCACCAACUGCAAUUUGGGCAGCGACAAAUAUGUCACUUCUUAAAACAACUGAUAAAAUAAAUAAAAGGCCACACGAUGAUUUACAAGAUUGGUCUGAUGGUGGAAAAUUAAAGAAACAACCAAAAUUAGAGCAACCAGAGCAACCACUUGAUUUUACAACAUCGUCGAAGAAAUUAUCGAAAAUUCCACGUGAAGAUAAUGGACAAAUGAGAACGCCAAUAAUGGAGAAUACAAUUAUUAAUGAGGGUAGACCUUCUAGUCAUGCCAGUAGUGAAGCUGGACGUAUGGAAUUAUUACCGCCUGUUUGUCAACAGAGCGUCAAGGACGAGGAAGGCAUGUGGCGACCUUGGUAAAUUGCAAUUUUGUACAAACCUUUUUUUUCUUUUUUUUUUCUUUUUUUGCCGUGUCUUGAUUGCAAGAGUGAUGCUGAAUUUUCCAAAAGGCGCGCGAGAGAUAAAGGUCAACUUUGAUGUAUAGGAACGCAGAAAAACAAUAGAAAAUUGUUGUUGUUGUUGUUUCACGCAUCUAAUCUUAUUUAACAAAUAAGGUGUUAUAAUCCUUUUUACAUCCGAUAGCUUGGAAAAAUAUUGUUAUUUAUUCUCUAAAUUGAUAUGAAGCGAGUAAAAAUUUGACUAUAAUUAUUUUCUUCUUCUUUUUUGGAAAUAGAAUUCUUUUCCGAAAAAAGAAAAUUCUUUGAGAAAGUAUAGAUUGAAGAAACGAAAGUACAACAAAAAGAGGGAGAAAAAGUCAAAAAAGAAUUACAGAAGAAUUAACACGUUCGUAAUUUUUUUUUACAAAUUACAGCAACACAAUAUUGUUAUCCGAACUAAAGGAAUAAUUUUCUUAUAAACACUUGUUAUUGUUUGAUAAUUGUUUCAACUAAGCACUUCAUUCUCUUUAAAUCUGAAUUAGUAAAAAUGUUUAUUAAUUUAAGUGACUCACUUUUUGCUUUAGAAUUAGUUAAAUUUUACUAAUUUUUAGUAAAAAUUACUAAUAAUUAGUAAAAUUUUACUAAUUCUAAAGCAAAAAGUGAGUCACUUAAAUUAGUAAACAUUUUUACUAAUUCAGAUUUAGAGAGUUCAAUAUUACCAGUAAAAAAAAUCUUAUGGUUCUAAAAAUCAUUAGAAACUAAAAUCAUUAUCUAAAAUCACUUUUUAUUAUCAAUAAUUGUAAAUUUUUGAAUUUUUUUUUUUUUUUGUUGAAUAUAAACCAAAUGAGAUAAAAUUUCUCAAUUUUUAAAAAGUGUUGAAAGAACACUUGUUUUAAGAAUCAAUUGGUUUUUCUUGUUUGUACAUUUUUUCUUGUUUAUCAUAUUAUAUCCUUUUUUUUUUUUUUUAUCUCAUUUGGUUUCGCGUGUUAUAAUAUUACUUAUUACAACACGAAAAGUUUUACGUAACUUUUAGUCAUGCUGUUAAUUUUUAAUUCUGUAAUUUAUGUAAAAUAUAUAUCAUACACGUAAACUGUGUUGAAAUUAAUAACAGAAAAUAUUCUGUACUUUAAAAAAUUGUUUUUAUUCUAAAUUUGUUUUUGAAAAGAAAAUUAUUAUUUUAAUAACAGUUGUUUUUUUUUAAUUGAAUAUUUGAUUCUAAUAAAGAAAACUCACAGAUGCAAAAAUAUGAAAAUUAAAUUAAAAAUAUUACUGUUUUUAAUUUUAAUAAAACGGCUUUUCUAAUGCCGAUUAUCGUACAGAAUAAUUUUUUUUUGAAAAAUCUUUAAAAAAUAAAAUGUUUUUUUGUUUCUCUUACUAAAGGAAAAGAAAAUUCUUUUCCGUUUGUUACGAAUUAAACAUUUUUUAAUAAUAUACUCAAUUAAGAAACUAUUAGUUCCUGUUUUUUAUUACCAAAGAAAUAUGUUCUGUUCAUUUUUAAAGUUUAUUUUGCCAUUAAUUUAAAAUAUUGUUAAUAUUUUUCGAAAUUCGAAACUCAUCGACACAUAUUAUAUAUAUAUAUAUAUAUAAAAUAGAAUUCAUCAUAAAAUAUUUGUAUAGAUUUGAAGAAAGUGAAAGUUAAAACAAAUUUUUGUGUCUAAAAAAGGCUUUUUCUUUAUUGGUUUUUUUUUCAUUAGAGAAUUUUUACAAACUCUUAAAAUAAUUGAAUUAAUAAUAUAAAAAAGUGAAUAAAUUUUAUUCUAACUUUAAGAAUAGAAAUUUCAUUUGUAUUCUUAUUAAAAUAAAAUUUUUCAAAUAAUAUCUAUUUGUGAAAACAUAUAUUUUUUGUUUUUCACACAUUUUUUUUUAUAAGCCAUACAUCGAAAUUUGUUUGCUAAAAAAUAUUCAUUUUAUUUGUUAAAAAAAAAUAUAAUGAAAAAAAAACAGCCAUAAUUCAGGAAAAAAUUUUUUAAUUGUGCGCAAAAAGAAAGAAAAUGAUCGUCAUGCUAUCUAUUGUCAAUGCUACCGAAGAAAGUUUUAUCUUAUCAAAAAUCUGUAUUUAAUAUUGUAGUGCAAAAAAAAAGGAUUCGCGCAAUAUCGAAUUUAAUAUAUGUAAAUUAUAUAUAAAAAAAAUGUAAAUUACGAGGAGCGCACUAGGAAUGAAAAAAAAAAAAAAAAAUAAGGAGAGCACAAAAAAUUUCUUCCAAAAUAUACAUAGAAAAAAAAUAGAGUGGUUGAAAUAAAAACAAAAAAAAAUUAAAUAAAUAAAAGAAAAAGCUCCUGUAUUCUUACAUUCUUUAGACACUCUCUUAAUAUAUAUGUAAAUAGUUUUCAAUUGAUGAAUCUUGCUAUUACAAAAAGAUAGAUUUAUUUUGAUGUUAUCUAGGUAUAUAUGCGAAACAAUGAAUGUACGAUGGUGCGUGUGAGAGAGAAAUUACGAAAUUAUGACGUAGAAAACAUCAUUCACGUUCUAGUGUUACUAAAAGAAAAAAAAAAAAAUUACAAUUACUAUAAAUAUCUUGGAAUUGGAUUCCUCAUUGAGUGUACUUAGUUUUUUUUUUUGCAGUCAAUAUACGCAAUUAUUGAACUGUA